GGCUUCUCGGUCCGGUACGGUGGCCGACGGGAGCCAGACGCUGGGGAUGAAUGAAGGUUCUGGGUGCAGGUUGAAACAGUCUCCUCCGCCUUCCCUCUCUUCAGUCUGGGUUCUGCCUUUGUCCGGUGUCCCCAUCCAGACCGCAUCUCACCGCCGACCCGAUUGGUCCCGGCGCCUGGAAUCUUGGUGCCCGGGACGACUCGGGGAGCAACUAGGGCUUGGGGAAUUCGGAUUAUCGCCUAGGCCCAAUUUGAGACCGCGCUCUCGAUUCCUCCCGCGUCCCGCCUCUAGGGCGCGGAAUCCGGGGAGGGUCCCGGGAGGUCGGUGGGUAGAUUUGAAGGUUCAACAGUGAUGAUGACCGAGUGUGCAAGCCUUCAGUUUGUUAGUCCUUUUGCUUUUGAGGCAAUGCAGAAGGUGGAUGUUGUUCGGUUGUCAUCUUUAAGUGAUCCAGAAUUAAGACUUCUUCUGCCUUGCUUGGUGCGGAUGGCACUUUGUGCCCCUGCUGACCAAAGCCAAAGCUGGGCUCAGGAUAAAAAACUGAUUCUUCGCCUUCUGUCUGGAGUGGAAGCGGUCAACUCCAUUGUUGCCUUGUUGUCUGUGGACUUUCAUGCUUUAGAACAGGAUGCCAGCAAGGAACAGCAGCUUAGGCAUAAACUUGGAGGAGGCAGUGGAGAGAGUAUCCUGGUGUCGCAGCUUCAGCAUGGACUCACAUUAGAAUUUGAACAUAGUGAUUCACCUCGUCGGUUGCGUCUUGUGCUUAGCGAACUUCUGGCAAUUAUGAACAAGGUUUCAGAGUCCAGUGGAGAAUUCUUUCUUAAGUCUUCUGAACUAUUUGAGAGUCCAGUCUAUUUGGAGGAAGCUGCAGAUGUACUUUGUAUUUUACAAGCAGAGCUUCCUUCUCUGCUUCCUAUAGUUGAUGUAGCAGAAGCCUUGCUCCAUGUUAGAAAUGGUGCCUGGUUCUUAUGUCUGAUGGUGGCCAAUGUUCCUGAUAGUUUUAAUGAAGUUUGUAGGGGCCUGAUAAAAAAUGGAGAACGACAAGAUGAAGAAAGUCUUGGAGGGAGGCGCAGGACAGAUGCCUUACGUUUCUUAUGUAAAAUGAAUCCUUCUCAGGCCCUCAAAGUCCGAGGCAUGGUGGUGGAAGAAUGUCACUUGCCAGGCCUUGGAGUAGCUUUGACAUUGGAUCAUACAAAAAAUGAAACUUGUGAAGAUGGAGUGAGUGACUUGGUUUGUUUUGUUAGUGGUUUACUUCUUGGAACAAAUGCAAAAGUCCGCACUUGGUUUGGAACUUUUAUCCGCAAUGGACAGCAGAGAAAAAGAGAGACCAGUAGUUCUGUCCUUUGGCAGAUGAGAAGGCAGCUUCUUCUGGAGUUGAUGGGCAUUCUUCCCACAGUAAGAAGUACCCGUAUUGUGGAAGAAGCUGAUGUGGAGAUGGAACCCAAUGUGUCUGUGUAUUCGGGGCUGAAAGAAGAACAUGUGGUGAAAGCCAGUGCACUUUUACGUCUGUACUGUGCUUUGAUGGGGAUCGCUGGACUUAAACCGACUGAAGAAGAAGCUGAGCAGUUACUGCAGCUGAUGACGAGCCGCCCCCCUGCUACACCCGCAGGGGUUCGCUUUGUCUCGCUUUCCUUUUGUAUGCUUCUGGCCUUUUCCACACUUGUCAGUACACCUGAGCAGGAGCAGCUAAUGGUAGUGUGGCUAAGUUGGAUGAUAAAAGAAGAAGCUUAUUUUGAAAGUACUUCUGGUGUCUCUGCUUCUUUUGGGGAGAUGUUAUUAUUGGUUGCUAUGUACUUUCAUAGCAACCAACUUAGUGCUAUCAUUGACUUGGUCUGUUCUACUUUGGGGAUGAAGAUUGUGAUUAAGCCAAGUUCCUUGAGCAGGAUGAAGACUAUUUUCACACAGGAGAUUUUCACUGAGCAGGUUGUCACAGCUCAUGCAGUUCGGGUUCCUGUCACCAGCAAUCUGAGUGCCAAUAUUACUGGAUUUUUGCCUAUUCAUUGUAUUUAUCAGCUUCUCAGGAGUCGUUCCUUUACUAAGCACAAAGUGUCAAUAAAAGACUGGAUUUAUAGACAGCUGUGUGAAACUUCCACUCCACUCCAUCCUCAAUUAAUUCCUCUGAUUGAUGUAUACAUAAAUUCUGUACUUACUCCUGCUUCUAAAUCAAAUCCAGAAGCCACUAAUCAACCAGUCACAGAGCAAGAGAUACUCAACAUUUUCCAAGGCGUCAUUGGGGGUGACAACAUCCGCCCUAAUCAGCGUUUCAGUAUCACCGCACAGCUUUUGGUGCUUUACUAUAUUCUGUCCUAUGAGGAAGCUCUUCUAGCAAACACAAAGACUUUAGCUGCCAUGCAGAGAAAACCCAAAUCAUAUUCUUCUUCUUUAAUGGAUCAAAUUCCUAUCAAAUUUCUUAUUCGACAGGCUCAAGGACUGCAGCAAGAGUUAGGAGGGUUGCAUUCUGCUUUACUACGUCUCCUUGCAACUAACUACCCACAUUUAUGUAUUGUGGAUGAUUGGAUUUGUGAAGAGGAAAUCACGGGUACCGAUGCCCUAUUAAGGAGAAUGCUCUUGACAAGUAAUGCCAAAAACCACUCUCCUAAACAACUGCAGGAAGCAUUCUCAGCUGUCCCAGUAAAUCACACACAAGUGAUGCAGAUUCUAGAACACUUGACUCUACUGUCUGCCAGUGAACUUAUACCAUAUGCAGAAGUGUUAACUUCCAAUAUGAAUCAACUAUUGAAUUCAGGGGUUCCUCGAAGAAUUCUUCAAACAGUCAAUAAAUUAUGGAUGGUCCUUAAUACUGUGAUGCCUAGAAGGCUAUGGGUAAUGACAGUUAAUGCACUUCAACCAACAAUAAAGUUUGUUCGACAACAAAAGUAUACUCAGAAUGACCUGAUGAUAGAUCCUCUUAUUGUCCUAAGAUGUGAUCAGAGAGUACACAGGUGCCCCCCACUAAUGGAUAUCACUCUACACAUGUUGAAUGGAUAUCUUCUUGCAUCCAAAGCUUACCUUAGUGCUCAUUUGAAGGAAACAGCAGAGCAAGAUAGGCCUUCCCAGAAUAAUACAAUAGGUUUAGUUGGACAAACUGAUGGCCCAGAAGUUACCAGAGAAGAACUGAAAAAUGCAUUACUGGCUGCACAGGAUAGUGCUGCUGUCCAGAUUCUCUUAGAGAUUUGUUUACCUACUGAAGAAGAGAAGACAAAGGGUACCAAUUCUGAUAGCUUGUUAAAGAAUGCUCAAAGUGUUAUUACUACCAGUACACCAAAUAAGGGAAUGGAGGAAGGUGAAGACAAUUUGCUCUGUAAUCUUCGAGAAGUUCAGUGUCUUAUCUGUUGCCUCUUGCACCAAAUGUACAUUGCGGAUCCCAACAUUGCUAAGCUUGUUCACUUUCAGGGUUAUCCAUGUGAACUUCUGCCUCUGACUGUCGCAGGUAUCCCAUCCAUGCACAUCUGUCUGGAUUUCAUACCUGAACUUAUUGCACAGCCAGAACUUGAAAAGCAGAUAUUUGCUAUCCAGUUGCUUUCUCAUUUGUGUAUCCAGUAUGCAUUACCAAAAUCCCUCAGUGUGGCUCGCUUAGCUGUCAAUGUCAUGGGAACAUUGCUAACAGUCUUAACACAGGCUAAGCGAUAUGCUUUUUUCAUGCCAACUCUACCAAGUUUAGUUUCUUUUUGUCGAGCAUUCCCUCCACUAUAUGAGGAUAUUAUGUCUUUGCUGAUCCAAAUAGGGCAAGUCUGUGCAUCUGAUGUUGCCACUCAGACAAGAGACAUUGAUCCAAUUAUUACACGUCUUCAACAAAUGAAGGAGAAACCAAGUGGAUGGCCUGGAAUCUGUAAAGAUCUAUCUUAUAAAAAUGGAUCCAGAGACACUGGAAGCAUGGAUCCUGAUGUACAGCUUUGUCAUUGUAUUGAAAGCACAAUAAUUGAAAUAAUAAACAUGAGUGUUAGUGGAAUUUAAACAAAAAAAAACCUUUUGAAAAAAAUGAAACUGUUUACUAAGAAUACCCAACAUAAACCUGCAUCUUACAAGAACUUUAAACUGAAUGGGAACAAUAGCAUCUUGGAAUCACUAAAAUGAUUCAGUUUAACAUAAAUACAGUUUAGAACUCUCUUGAAUUAUGCUUGUAAUUGAUUGGCAGUUCUUUGGAUCUCUUGUGCUAGAGUGUUUAGAUUGCAGCAGCUGAAUUUUUCUUUUUCUGGUUGGGAGAAUAUGUAAAAAACUGAUUCUUGGGGAGUUAAUUUGGUUUUGAAAUUAGGUAAAGAAAAACUACCAUGCCUUUACCUUCAUUUUUAAAUGUCACAGCUUGUAACGGUGUGACAAUGAUGCAGUGAUUAGACGGAGAUAAGGAAGGGGUGGGAGAAUUCAGGAAAAACAAGGAGAUAAGCAAAUAGAAAUCUACAAAAUUUGCCAGGCAAGUAAUAGUAAUGUGAUGGAAUUCCAGUUCUCAAUAAACAGUAUUGAGAAGACUUAAAAAAGGCAAAUACCUUUUUUGUAAAUGAUUUCCAUGGAAUUACAGGUAGGGGUUUUACUUUUUACACAUUUGCUUCAAUUUUUACUAGUAUAUGAAGCCAUAUCUUUAAAGAGAUACUUGAAUAAUUUGGAAUUUUAAAAUACUGGUUUAAAAGUGUUUACAGAAACAUCUUUGUGCAGAAGAGAACCUGAAAAGAGGUCUCAUUUAGUUUUUUUUAAAUUUAUUUUUUUAAUGCUUUAUUUAUCUAAUGAGCAGAUACUAAUACAUUAGUAUCUAAUUAAAGUUUGAGCAGUAAACCCACUGGUUAAAGAGCUCUUGGUCUAUCAUCAGGAUUAUGAUUCACAUCAUAAUUUUAAAAGAUAUUUGAAUAAGACUAUAUAUAGUGUUUGGACCUCAGGAAAGAGUCAAAUGCAGGAAUAUUGCUGAAGGGUUUUCAGUUCUCUGUUAAUUUUUAUUUGCACACAAGUAAUCAAUAAACCUCAUUUUCUCCCCAUAAGUACCCAAUCCAGAUACUUCUAUCUGCUUUCUGAGUUAUACUGAAAUCACACAUUUUUCCUCACAGUUGUCAUUUGAAGCUAAUGAUGUGUGAUUUUUAAAAAAAUGAGAUUUAAUUCCGUCAUUUUCACUAGUAAAUAGUCAUAUCUCAUUUUCUUCCUUUUAAAAAUUGGAUUACUACUGGCCCUACCUCAUAAGGGUGUUAUAUAAAAACCAAUUUGUAGAUGUUUCAAAUCAUGAAGUGUCACAGAAUCAUAGAAUAUUUAUAACUUUUAUUAGAUGCUUAAUGUUCAAUUAAGUAAUUUUGAUUGAAAAGCAAAAACAUACUCUUAAAAACCCGUUAGAAUUUUCAUAUUUUUUUAAAAGGGAGAUUUGUAGUCUUUUAAAAUGAGAUUUAACUGCUCCUGUUUGUUUUUUGUUUUGUUGUGUUUGUUUUCUUAAAUUGAGGCUUUGAAAUAUUUUGAGUAGGCAACCUCAAGGAACUCAGAAAGGGUUGAAAUAUGUUUUCCACCUAAAUGCAGUACACAUUCCUGGAUCAUUUUUUAAAGACUGGUCAAAACCUGCUGUGUUAAAAUAAUAACGUGCUGUUUUCAUCAGAUUUGUUGGUGUAAAUAAAACAUGUAAAUAUAUUAGUAAAUGUUAAUAUUCAUGUAUUUCUAAGUUAAGGUUAUAAAAUCUAUCACAAUGUGAUUUUUUUAUUCAAGUGAAAACAGAUGUGUGCAGCUAUUUUGAAUAUUGGAUUAUAAACAUUCAUAUGCUUUAUCA